AUAGUCUAGUCUGGGUCUCUGGAGACCAAGGACAACCAUCUUGCACAUCCCUGACAUCACUGGUAAGAGUUUUAAACUGCUCUGCCUGGCUGUGGACCACACACAUCAUUCACCUGCCUGCAAAGUGCCCAGUGGCUCUGCCUCCUCUCCCAGCUCUCUUCCUGAAGUGCUUCUUGGGCUCAGAGAGCACAUUCUCCUAGACUUCCAGAAGCCGGAGCCAGGACAUGGCCUCUUCUAAAGCUGUGGUUCCACCUCUCCCACUGUGCCACGGGGCAGAAAAGAGGAGAGAGUUAAUACCCCAAAUGGUAACUGUUUCUGGGCAUGUACGUGGAACUUGGUUCUCUCGUGAAUUCUUCAAUGAAGACUCAGUGGCUGUUGAGGACGUGGCUGUGGACUUUUCCCAGGAAGAGUGGGCCUUGCUGGAUCUUGCCCAGAGGAAACUCUACAGAGACGUGAUGAUGGAAACUUUCAGGAACCUGACAUCAGUAGUUGCCGGAAACCUUGAUAAUGGAGAAAAACUAUCCACUGAAAAUACAAUACUAGGGUUCAUGAAAAAUGAUACCAUGGUAGGAGAAAGCUGUGAAUCACAUGUCAUUGAAGAUCAGAAUAACAUUCGGAACACAUAUGAGAGAGGACACGUAGAGGAGAAUGUCUUUGAAAAUAAUGAUGACAAUCAGUGUGGACAGACCCUCAACUGGAUUCCAGAUCUUUCUGUACUCAAAAAAACUCUUAUGGAAGCGUAUCCUUCAGUAUGCCUGCGGUGUGGAAAAUCCUCCAUGAAUCAUUCAUUACUUAGGCGUCAUAUCAGUUCAUACUCUGAAUGCAAUGCCUACCAGUACACAGAUUUCAGAGGAGUCUGCAGUUGUCCUCCUUACCCCAGGACUCCUGUGAGGACUCUUACUGGGGAGAAAGCCUAUGAAUGUAAGGAAUGUGGCAAAACCUUUCGCCAUUCUUCAAACCUCACGACACAUAUGAGGAUUCACAGUGGAGAGAGACCUUAUGAGUGUAAGGAAUGUGGGAAAACCUUUGGUUGGUCCUCAAACUUGACCAAACAUAUGAGUACUCACACUGGAGAGAAGCCUUAUGAAUGUAAGCAGUGUGGGAAAGCUUUUAGUCACUCCUCACAGCUUACGAUACAUUUAAGAAGUCACAGUGGAGAGAGGCCACAUGAAUGUAAGGAAUGUGGGAAAACCUUCAAUUGGCCAUCAGAGCUCAGUACACAUAUCAGAAUUCACAGUGGGGAGAGGCCUUAUGAAUGUAGGGAAUGUGGGAAAGCCUUCACUUGGCCUUCAAGCUUAAAUAAACAUAUGAGUAUUCACACUGGAGAGAGGCCUUAUGAAUGUAAGGAAUGUGGGAAAGCCUUCAGUCGCUCCUCAGAGCUCACUUUACAUAUAAGAAGUCACAGUGGAGAGAGGCCUUAUGAAUGUAAGGAAUGUGGGAAAACUUUUAAUAGGCCAUCACACCUCACUACACAUAUCAGAAUUCACAGUGGAGAGAGGCCUUAUGAAUGUAGGGAAUGUGGCAAAGCCUUUUCUCAUUCUUCAAUCCUCACAAGACAUAUGAGGAUUCACAGUGGAGAGAAGCCUUAUGAAUGUAAUGAAUGUGGCAAAGCCUUUACUCACGCCUCAACCCUCAAUCAACAUAGGAGAAUUCACAGCGGGGAGAGGCCUUAUGUGUGUAAGGAAUGUGGCAAAGCCUUUACUCAUUCCACAACCCUCACUCAACAUAGGAGAAUACACAGUGGAGAGAGGCCUUAUGAAUGUAAGCUGUGUGGGAAAACCUUCAGUUGGCCAUCACACCUCACUACACAUAUGAGAAGUCACAGUGGAGCAAGGCCAUAUGAAUGUAGGGCAUGUGGCAAAGCCUUUUCUCAUUCUUCUUCUCUCAUUAAACAUAUGAGAAUUCACAGUGGAGAUAAGCCUUUAGAAUAUAAGGAAUGUAGCAAAAUCUUUCCUUGGUCCUCACUCUUUACUAAACAUAUGCAAACUCACCAUGAAGAGGAGCCUUAAGUAAGGAUUGUUUGACACAAAGGGUUAAUAUUGCAAAUAGAAGAUUCCUGAAAAUGAUAACUGGACAAAGUAUUUCAGUUGAGUAUGAAAGCAACAGAAAUGCAACAAGGGGUUGUAUUAGAGUUACAACAGUAUCAUGGCAAUUGUGCAGCAGUCAUUAUUAUUAUCAUUUAUUCAUCCAACUUCAUAAACAGUUGUGCAGGGAUACACUCUCGAUCCACCCUAAAUUUUACCAUCUUAAGGAUUUUUGAGUCUUACAAGUAAGGCUGCCAUGAGCAUAUAGGGGCUCGUAUUUUUCAAUUUUGUAUUGGUAAUUUGCAUGCAAUAAAAUGCACCAAUCUUAUAUUUGGGUUGAGGUUUUAUUAUUUUGUGAUGUUUUCACAUUUUAGGUGUUUUCUUUCGGUUUUUCUACUUAAAUAUUUUACCCUGUGUAAUUAAUAAGUUUUCAUGGGGAGAUAAUUUUGAGAUUUUGCAAAUAACCUGCUUAUUGAUCUCUUUCCCUCCUCCACCCCUCCAUUAUACCUACUUUAUUUAUUUAUUUUGGUCUUUAAUAUUUUUUAAAUUUUGUAUUGUGAAUUAGGCAAAGGUUUACAGAGCAGAUAAUCGUUUUGAGAUUAAAUAGCUCAUCAUACCUUCCAAUGUCUCAUCCUGUUUCUAUCAUGUUUUCCCAUCUCGUUGAAUAUUGUAUUUCCCUUUACCAAGAGUACACCUGUCUACUCUAUUCUCUGACUUUCCCGCCCACCAGUAAACCAUCGUAGUCUGUUUCUUGUAGGAAAGCCUUUUCUUGACUCUUUAUAAUCAUAGUUUCAUAAAUGAUUUGUUCUUUUG